AUGGAUAAUUUUCUGUAUAUUGACCCCAAAAUUUUACGGAGACUUGAGACGGGGAGGAUUUUGAAACAUGAUCUUUUGGCCCUAAAAGACCAGCUUAAGCGUGUUUGUAAGGGUCUAAAUUUGUGCAAUAAUAAUAUAAACACCGAUGAAAGUGGAAAUUUAUGUAAAACAGCUGGCACGUACAGCGAAAACGAUCUAAAAACGUAUGUUCACACCUUGGUGGAUUCCAUCAACAAAUCACUCUUAAAACUCUAUUCCAGCAGUCAGACUCGGUUGAUUACGUCAUUGCUGGACCAGCUUGUCAAGGUUUGCCAGGUUUCUGGGAGUGUCGAGCUUGAGGAGGCAGAGUGUAGGAGCAACUUCGUGAUUCUAUACCUGCGCUAUGAGCUGGAUAGGUUUAGUAACGCAGCCAAUGCAGGUCAUAAAUCAGCCCUGGUGGCACUUAUCAGGGACGUGGUGAACGAGAAGGCCGCGAACCACUAUCUGCUGUUGCUGUUUCAUAAGCACCUUAAGCUGCUUGACAGGGAAGACUGCGCGCAGUUCAUGGACGACGUCGUGAGGAAGCUGAAGAGAAGUAGCACGAGUGUGCUGCACGUUCUCGCGAUUCUGUUCAGAAACGUCGACGUUAGCGCGCUAGGGAACCUGUACGACCUGCUGGUGCUGCUGUGCAGUUACCCCUUCGACAGCCUGGUCGUGGAAAUAUUGGAGAUGCUAUCGGUUUCAAUACACGUUCACGGGCGUGAAUCCACGGGGUAUCGACUGAGUGACCUGGUGGGAAGGUUGCUGUCACAUGUCGCCAGUACAAGCGGCAGGGACGAGACGGAGAAGGUAUCGGCAAUCUUGGCCCUCAUAAUGUGUAGUCCAUACCAUUUGAGUACCGGUGGUUUGGCACUACUUAGCGAGUCUUUGCGCUGCUCACGUAAAGGGGUGGCUGGUACGACGGAGGAAGUGUUGAAUGGUAGACAGAACACUCACGCAGACUGGAAGGGAGUGGUGGACAGGCACAUCGCAACUAUCGACAGAAACUGCAACAAUAAGUUGUUCAGCAAGGUGCAGGUCAACUUCAUCAAAUUCACAACGAACCUGUACCUGCUGAGCAGAGACGAUCGGCUGCUGAGUAUACUGGUGAAGCUGUUCAACAGCAUAGGAGCAGUGGGCGAUUCCCAUGUCAAUUGCAUUUUGCAGUCAGUGAUCAUGAUUUACCACGAUCCACUGAGUACCGUAGAUGGUGCGUCCCGUUCGAGUGGUGGUGCAGAUAAGCUGGACAGAGCAGUGGUUGCUAAGAUAUACAACAACGUGGUUGAUAAGCCCAUAUAUAGGCUGACGCUGGCCCAGUCGCUGUACUUGAGCCUUAAACUUGGCGCGGAUGUAAAGUUGGUUGGAAAGCUGGACGCUGACGGGCUGGACUUGUACUACACACUUCUCGCGUUCCACUACUACUACCACCUGGUAAAGAGUAGUGGUGGGUCCUUGGGGUUAACAAGGGCAGGCUCAGGAGUUGAUUUGGAGUCUUUUGUUGGCAGCUACGUCAACAAUGGUUCAUCAAAUCAGUUGCAGCUGUACCAUAGUUUGUUACAACUGUACAGUAGACUCACAGGCGUUAGUGGGCUGUUAAUUAGGAACAUCAACAACAUGAUGAGCACGUUAGACGUGGAAGACAUCGCAAGCAUGUUUUUGGUUGUUUUAGUGAAGAGGUUGCACAGUAGGAGGCUUUUGUAUCAUCUGUACAGGUUGUUCUCUGAUAGGAUAGCAACUGACGUCAACUUGAGUUUGUUGUGUGUAUUUGCGAUGACCAGUCCAAGUGUGCACAGGCACGACUACGUGGAACUGAAAAGGAAUUUUCCCAUGGUCUUCAGCACUAUUAACCACAGCAUUCGGAAUGCAGUGGUUAAUAGGGCGAUGGGCACCGCGGAGGGCCGCGGGAGUGUGGUUAAGUCGCUCGUAAAGCUGACACGGCUGCUUUAUAAACACAACGUGGACCUGUCGUUUCUGCUCACGUUCGGGCAGCUUGACUGCGUAAUGCCGUUUCUGCUGUCGAGUUUGCUGGAAAACUGCCAGAGGUAUUUGAGCGUUAACGUUAACAACGUAAGUUCAAACUCGGCCAUGACGAACACCAUGAUGGAUAACAUACUCACCACGGCCGCCGGAGAGGACGAAGUAGAUGCGCUGUACAACGUGUACGACGACGUGCAGAUGAUUGAAAACGAGAGUGAGAUCCUGAAGAGCAAAAACAUAAAGAGGGCGGACCUGGACAGCAUCAAGGCAUAUAGAAGUUACCUGGUGUACAAGGAGAGGCUGGAGGUUCUGAACCAGGUCGUGAACGUGUACAACAUGUUGUACAACGUGUUUUACCGCCAGCUAAAGAGCCGAAAUAGUGCCAACAACAAAAGUGCAAGCAGUGUCAACAACAACCGUCCCAGUAUUGUCAACAACAACCGUCCCAGUAUUGUCAACAACAACAGUGCAAACAGUGUCAGCAAUGGUGGUGGUAGCAAAGACAGGUUGACGAGUGGGAUUGGCAUUAGUAGUGACAAUUUCAGGCUGCUGUUCUACGUAGUGCUCAAGGUUAACGCGAUUAAGGUGUUUAGGCACUUUAAUAGAAUGCUGAUGAGGACAAUGUUGGACGUUGUGUUCAACAACGCGACCUCAGCGGAGAUGAUAGCAUAUUUGUACGCACCAAGUUAUAGUACGUCGAGUAAUGGUUUGAGUAGAAGCAAUGGUGCUGGUGAGAGGAGGCUAGGUAGAAGUGGUGGAGAGGAUAGGAGUGACGAUGUUGAAGAUAAUAAAGAAGGUAAAAAUGGUAUAGGUGGUGAAGAUAAUAAAGAUGGUAAAAAUGGUGAAGAUGAUAGUGUUAGUGGGACUGGUGAAUUAGGCGGUGUUGGACUGUUGCAGUUGCUGUGCGAUAACCUGAAUUGUAACUGCCUGGUAGAGUGUUUUACAGUGAUUAACCACGUUGUGUGUCGUCUAGUAGUUACCACGAGUGAGGGGUUGGGACCAAGUUUGGACACUAACAGCGAAGAAGGGCUGGAAGGAGUUGAAACGAUUUAUAACGCAGUGCUGCUGAUGCUGAAGAACAAGUACGCGUUUGACGUCAACGUAUUCAAGUAUGUGUACUAUUUGCACGUUAGAAGGAGGGAAAGUGUCGAGUUGUUGAGUAAUUUGGGAUACUUGAUCGAUAGAAGCAACUUGGCGUAUCUGUUUCACCUGUACUUCUUGACAAACAUUAAGGCAAUACUGGGAUUGGUAUCAGAAAUUUCUAGUGACUGUCUAAGGAGCAGAAGUACGAGGUCACCGUUAAAGGAUAGUGGUAACAACAGUAGUAGCAGAAGUACGAGGUCACCGUUAAAGGAUAGUGGUAGCAGCAGUAACGGUACUAGUGAUGGCGGAUUGGAUGAAUUUGAGAGGGAGAUUGCGGAAACAGAAGUGUUUGAAGAGGAAUUUGGAAUAGUAAAAAAGGUUAAAUUGGAGACUUAUUUGGCACUUUUUGAAACGAAAGGAGACUUGGGAGUUGAACACAGGAAUGAGUCGAGGGAGAAUGAUAUCAUUGAGUUGUUUAAGCUGUACAUGAUAGAUAUGCCAGCAGUUACAGGCAGUGGCCGCGAAGAUAACAUAGAGGUGUUCAGCAACUACUACUGCAAGCACUACGAGCCGAUGUCGUUCCUGGAGUUGUUCAAUCGAUACGCAGACAAGUUCAGCGACAAGUCGAAAUUCUACGAACUGCUCAACGCACUCUUGAGGAAGAAGUUGAAGGGCGGAAGGGACCAGGAGAAGGUGCUGCUGUACCUGCUGGACAAGUACUGUUACGUGAACUACUAUCAGCAUCUGCUGGGGAGCAUUAGGCUGGUAGUUGAGGGCGUGGAUGUGGUGAACGCGCUUGAUGGAGUGGCAGGGUUGAUUGAGGAGCUUACAAGGAGGUACGAUGCGCUUAAGCCGGAUUUCCACAGCAUUGGUACCGGUGAUAAUGCGAGUCAUGAUAGCGUUGUUACCACCACUAGUGCCAGCCGCGAUAGCAGUGUUAUCACCACUAAUGCGAGUCAUGGUGACGUAAACAGAGGCGCUAGUGCGAUAAGAGGAUCUGAUGGCAUGACUAAUGAGAGGAAACGGACAGGACAGGACGGUAAUACGACGGAUAUGUUAAUGGUGUUGCUGAUAACAACAGGACUGCUUAACAUUAAGGUACAGCAGUCAGGAGUGCCGAGUGAGUCAGAGCAGAUGAAGGAGCUGUCGCAAUCAGUGACAAGGACGAUAGAAAACUUGCUGCAGCUGAUACCGUUUAACGCAGACGCGACGCUGAUCAGUGAGGCGAAGCAGACGCUGCUGAGCCUGUUUAGUUUGACAAAAAUAAGCACGAGCUACGCGACGGAUCAGUUGAACCUGUACUACAGUUACGCGCUGAGGGAAAGCAGGUACACGUCGAUAUUCCUGGUGCUGUUGUCAGUGGCAGACGGAGUUAACAGGGCCACCUGCCCGGUAAAGAGUCCGAGUAGAGGAAGCGGAAGAGACGCGUACAGAUACCACUUCGUGAACAAGUUGGUGGGCGUCAACAGCAGUAUUAACAGCCACGCGUACGAGCAGCACUUGGAAUCGAUGAUAGCGACCAUGAGCAAUGCCACAACGUCGACCAGGGACCAUUCAGAGUCAACUAGAGGACUGAGUGGCGGCGACAAGGGGAGUGCAGUGGCCGACGCAGCGAGCGUAGUGCUGCUGGAAAGCAUAGUAGUGGAGUACGGCAACGAGCUGAGCAACCUGUACGAGCUGCUGCACGUCAUGUCCAACAACGUGGUUUACAUAAACUCGCUGAAGAGAGUCAUCAGUGCACUGGUGAAAGUGGACGAUGGAGGCAGCGGCGAGGAAGAGGGCGAUCGAGGGAGGUGGGAGAGGCUGGCCUUGGUCAACUUUAACGCAUUCUACACCAUAGUGGUCAACAACCUCACGCCGAACAGCAGCGGCGCAGCCGGCGGGUCGCCGAAGCACGGAGCCAAGAUCAGCAAAAACGCGCUUCUGUACUACAACCUGUACCUGCUCAACUUCCUGAUAACGAACUUCGCGCACAUGCUCCUGGACAACAACCUGCUGAGGGUGCUGGACGUGGUCAACGAGUACGCGAUUAACAUCAACAGUAGGCUGAAGAGCCUCAGCGUCCGCAUAAUCAACUCGUUCGUGGGCCUCUUGGGGCAAGCGUCGGUGUUUUACGAGCACAGGAAGUCCCUGGUUAGCGCCUUGACGGUGCCCAACGAUCAGAACCUGGUCAGCCUCGUCGACCGAGUGAGUGGGUCCUGCGAACAGGGGCCGGCAGUUCACAGUCUCAGCACCACUAACGCCGCAGGAGCCGGCGUUAGCAGUGCUGAGACGCUGAAGAUGGACAUCACGCUGCUCAACUACUUGAUAGCCAAGUGCAUCAAGAUCAGCAAGUUGAAGCUGAAGCUGGUGCUGAUAUCGACGCACCUGCUUAGGGAGACGCGUUCGCUGGAGACGCUGAGUUAUUAUGCGCACAACGUGCUGUACUUGCUGUUACACCUGAUAUAUGACCCUAUACAGGACGUUUACAGCAGUAUUUUGGAGUUGAUGAGGCUGUUUUCGCUCCAGUAUAGUUUUGUUACCGGUUCCAGUACGGACGGUGGCCAUGCGACAGGAGAUAACGCAACUAAUGGCGAUAGGAAUGGUUCUAACGCAGCUAGUGGCAACGGUACGGGCGAUACUAGAACUAGUGCCAUUACAACCUGUUAUACCAGAACUGCUCCCGGCACAACUACCAAGUUAACCAGUGAUAGGGCUAGUGGCUGGAGUAGGGCCGGCAGUGAGGGAGUAACUGACGGCGGUGGCAGGUCGGCAGACGACUUUGAAGGCAAUGAUUUGAUAUACGUGCUCUUUGGGAAGCUGAAACACGAAUUGAUACACGGAGAGAGGUUCGCGUCGCUGAGUACGCAGGGAGUGGGCGGAGGUAAGCAGGGAGGAGUGGUAUCACAGCAGCCAGUGGAGACGAGCGAGCAGCUGUUGGUGUGCAACCUGAUAUCGAACCUGCUGAUGCACCUGCACGACGACUACAAGUUCCACAUAGUCAACGGGUUCUACAGGCACAUCUACGACUUCGCACACGCCUCGAGCAGCUACAGUUCGAGCUCCUCAGGGCUGACGAACGUCACGGGCAACAGCGUGGAAGUUGGAGCGGAUGCAAGGCAGUGGAUGAAGGAGCUGGCGGCCUACAUAAGCAUGUUCGUGUACCUGCCGUACAGCUGCCACGACCUGGUGAACGCGAACAUUAACUCGAUACUGGCGAUGCUGAUCAGGCUGUUCAGCCAUGGAGAGUUCAACAGCACGCUGGCGCACGUGUUCACGUCGCUGGUGCUCAUAAACAACGGCCACAUAUUUCCGCCAAGUACUAGCACGGGCGCCACAAUAGGUACGGCAAAGCAUGGCUCCCCAGAGGUGACGAAGGCCGCUGGUGGCGCCUUAGAUAGGCAGAAGGACAGAGUGAACAGGCUGAUAGUUUACUAUCUGCUAUACAGUCUGUACCCGUUCUCGACGGUUGCAAUAGGUGCCAACGGUGCAGUCUCCGGAACUAGCACAGGUGACGGUGGAGAGAGCGUGUACGGUCGCUCCUACUCGGGACUCACUGAUUCAGUAGAUGGAGUUAACUCGUAUGAAUCGUCGAUCAACGGCGACUGCUCACCGGAAAAUGCGCCGGCAAGUUGCAGUGGUUCGUCGUCGGAAGGGAGGGCGGAGCUGAAGUUGACGCUGCUGAAGCUGGUGUACCUGUUCAUAAACCCACAGUUCGUGCUCAGCUGCGAUUACCCGCUGAACCAUUUCUUCCAGGCGUCAACCGCAGCCACCAACGCAGCCACCAGGGAGAUGGACGCGCGGCAGAAGCUGAUAUGGAGCUACAUAUACCUGAACAAGUUUGACCCCAACGACGCAGUGAACGUCAACAUCACGCGCUUCAUAAAGCUACACAACAUCCAGUACAUCCUGAACACGAUCGUCAGAGUGCUGAUAGCAGUGAUCUUCGACAACCUGUUCUACAACAGCGUGGAGAACAAGCUGAUAGCGAACAGGUGCCUGAAGUUCAUGCUGGACAGGUACCCCUCGUACUCAGGCUCGGUGUUGGACAGGUUGCUGAGCCCACCCGUUGCUGAUUCUUGCCAAGUUGUUGGACCCGACGGGGCUGUUGACGAUGACAAAGUAGGUAAUGAUAAUGACUACGUUGAAAUGGGAGGUAUUAUUAGCCGGGAUGUGGAUGCUGGUACAACUAAGGUCGCCAACCGCGACAUGGACUGUGCUGGCGUUAGCAACGGGGGUAUGGAAGGGUUUGAUGGCACGCCUGGGGACGACUACAGCAUAUUUUACAUAAUGAAUUAUGUGGAGAGAUCGCCGCCAUCCAGCGAGUUGGUUUCAACAGGUGGCCCGGGAAGAGAGUCGGCGGAAGGGGUGGAAGGUCGGAGGAACUCACAGAAAAAAACGACGCUGUUCACGACGAGUAGGGCAGUGUACAUACCGCACACGAGUUGGCAGACGAAAGCCAAGAAGGACAGCGUUGGCAUGUCGACCGACUCGAUUCUGGUGGGAAGUUGCCUGGGGAUUCACACCUACUACACGACGACCAGUGACCUGUCGAAGCUGAAGCACCAGGACCAGGCGGCAGAACAGCAGGAUCAGCUGGCGGACCCGCGAAGGAAGCUGGACGAGGUGGUGUCGUUCCUCACGAGGUGCCUGAGGUACCACAAGUGCUGCAAGUACGCGCUCGAGUCGCUCUCGCUGAUUUCGAACCACUACUCGAACGUGCUCGUGGCGACGAUCAUACCCUCGUUCCUGUCGGUGUUUGAGUGCACGGAAACGGAGGAAGGCGAGGGGGCUGACAGCGCGGAAGUGGUGUACAGCAGAGAGGACGACGCGGUGCGUUCGGUCUACUACCUGGUCAGCUACAACAACGACUACUUCGAGUACAUCUUCGAGCAGCUGGUGGGCACGUACCACUCGAACCUGGAGGCGGACAGUGAGGACGCUGGGGCUGGAAACCACAAGAACGACAUGAUCCUGGAGCUGCUCCUGAAGCUGUGCAACAUAAACGGCGGGGAGCUGAUACUGGACAACAAGGAGGAGUUCUUCCAGCUCCUGUCGAUUCUCAACGGGCUCCACUGCAGCACUGCCUCCACGGCUGCAACUGCCAAUAUUAACGCAAGCAGUGGUAGCCAUAGCAAUAACAACGCUAGCGGUGGUAACCAUACCAAUAACAACUCCGGCAGUGGUAGCCACAGCAACUUUAAUGCAAACAGUGGUAGUUUUAGCAGUAAGGGUCAGUCGGCAAGUUUUAGUGGCAACUCGGAUUUAUUGGACAGGUUCCUGCACUCAAUAGACAACGAUAACAUUUACAAGCUAAUUUACCUGCUGAUAAAGGAGAUACUCGAGGUGGUAGAGAGCAGUUGCAACGGCCUCACCGGGGAGGAAAGCCCGGUGGAGCUGUACUUUGUGAUGCUGCACAAGCUGAUGGACAACAAGAUGAUCGUCACGAACUUCAUGCAGGAGUACCUGACGUUCAUUCUACACCUGACGACGAUGAUUAGUGGAUCCUCAGGUUCUGGAGGUGGAAGGGUGGGAUCAGGAGGAGGAAAAGGGAUGGAAAUGGUGGAAACGUACGUGUACAUGCUGUUCAACAAGCUGGUUUCAAUUAACACGAACAAGCUCGGCACGGUGAUUGACACGAUUCACGACCACCUGACGACAAACUACAGCGUCGGAGACGCUGACAGGAGCAGAGGAGGCGAAGAAGGAAGCGGAGGGAGCAGCAAAAACGUCUGGACGUCGAUCAUAGAGCUUUGCAUCGGGUACCUGAACAAUAACUCGAGCAGCAGUCUGAUCAAGAACCCCGUCGAGGUGCUGCUGAUACUGAGUGAGCGCAACGUGCACAACUUCGUGGGAGGGUGUCUGAAGCUGUUUGGAAUACUAAUCAGGCUCAUCAACGCGACUUCAGGCGGCGGAGGAGCGUCAGGGCCCGCUAGCAUGUCAGGAGUACAAGUUAACACGAGCAAUCAGGGCGCGACGAACAGAAGCAGGGAGAACAGGCUUAACCUGCUGAAGCUGCUCAGCAACCUGCUGAACCUGAACAUUAGGCACUACCACCAGAUCACGUCGCAGCUGAUGCUGACCAUCGUCAAAACGACCUUCGAGUCGAACUUGUCGCGCGUCUCCACGGAGUCGAUCAUGAAGCUGCUGACGCAGGCGCCGAGUCGGACCUCGAACACUCUGUCGCAGCUAUUUCUGAACAGCAAGAGGGAGGUGGAGGACAAGAGGGUCGUGACGGCGAACGUACUGGGACUGUUGACAAACGUAUUGGACCACGAGGACCUGAGAAAGGAACUGCUCUUGAUCGAAAAAGAGCUCCUUUUAUCGUAUUUGUUGAGCGCCAACAACGAACUUACGGUUCCAAUCGCAGCAAAACUGGCAAAAUUAUCUGAAGGUAGGAAUCUUGAAUGCGUAUUUGCGGUAGUUACGGCUAGCGACACUACUCUUAAACACUCCCUCUUUAAUACACUACUCGAUUUGCUCGAUUCGAAGCUCAAUGUGCUCAACGAACCUGACAUUAGGAUACUGUUGCAGUUCCUGGACUCGGAACUAGUUUUUAAUAAUAAAUUCAACCACUUUAUCUCACAGCUAAGUGAUUCAAAUACCAUAGCGAAUCAGUCUUUUUACGCUCAGAUUGUACUAUACGCCGUCAGUAACACUAGAAUCACCGACAAGCUCACGUUUGACCUUUUGUUCUCCCUGGUUCAGCGCGUAAGGGUCAGCAGCGAGCGGCUUGCUGCACAUUGGAGAGAUCAGAGCAUAUUUCUCAUGACCAGAAGGAGGAAAUAUCUGAGCUCGUGGCUCAGAUUAAUUCAAGCGCCUAGACGGCCUCGGUCUAGAUGGAGCGCUUUAAUCGCAACCCGGUCCUCAAUGUCCGGGUAUUAA